AGAACGGGUCUUGCUACUGCGUUAAGAAUGAGGGGGUUACCGCAUCAAACCGGGAAGCAUAAUGUGACCAGUAAACCGUAAGGGUCACGUGGGUGGUGUAUGUAUGGGGCCGACCCAAUGCUUGUUUACUUUGUUGUGUACAUGUAUGCGGCCCGAGGAGUGGCAGACAGGCUGUGUGAAAACACGGUCAGGUGGUUGAAAGAACCCCGCACUUGUGACCGUGAGUCAGGCCCAGGAAUGAAGGUUUCAGAAGGUAAAAACAUGGCGGAUACAGACCCGGCAGAGUACCGCUGUGUGUGCUAUUACACGAAUUGGUCCCAGUACCGGCCCGGAACCGGGAAAUUCUUCCCCGAAAAUGUCGAUCCCCAUUUACUCACCCACGGGGUAUACGCCUUCGCCAAGCUCGACGGUAAUAAACUGAAGGCCUUUGAGUGGAAUGAUGAGUCGACGCCAUGGAUGAAGGGAAUGUAUAGCCGGUUUAAUGACCUGAAGAAGAUCAACCCUAAGCUAAAGACUUUAUUGGCUGUUGGAGGCUGGAAUCUGGGAUCGGCCCCCUUCACAGCCAUGGUCAAGACGGCAGCCAAUAGAAAAGAGUUUGUCACCACGUCCAUCGAAUUCCUGCGAAAGAGAGACUUUGACGGAUUGGAUAUUGACUGGGAGUAUCCAGCCAAUCGGGGAAGUCCUCCCGAGGACAGAGCCCACUUCACAAGCUUGCUGACCGAAUUACGGGCGGCCUUCGAGGCAGAGGCUAAGGCAACAGGGAAACCCCGCCUCUUACUCUCUGCAGCUGUGGGUGCUGGACAAAAAGAGAUCGAUUCCGCUUACGACGUCCCCGAAAUAUCCAAGUCGCUGGACAUGCUAAAUCUGAUGACGUACGACUUCCACGGCGCCUGGGAGAAGUUCACUGGCUUUAACAGUCCUCUGUAUGGUCGCAAAGACGAAACAGGCGACCAGAAGCUACUCAACAUGGACUGGGCAGUUCAACAUUGGCUGAGUAAAGGAGCACCUCCUGAGAAGAUCAACCUGGGCCUGGCAAUGUACGGUCACGAUUUUACCCUGAAAAACUUAUCCAAAUCAGCCCCCGGCGAUCCGGCCUCGGUGGGACAAGCCGGAAAGUACACCCGACAACCCGGCAUUCUCUCUUACUAUGAGAUUGCCACACUGCUCGACGGAGGAGGACAGCGGCAGUGGUGUGACGAGCAGAAGGUUCCAUUCGCCGUGAAGGGCAAUCAGUGGGCCGGGUAUGAUGAUGAACAGAGUCUUAAGUUAAAGGUUGCCUUCGCCAAGAAGAACAAACUCGGUGGUGUCAUGGUGUGGUCAUUAGACCUGGAUGAUUUCUGUGGAAUGGGAGAAGAGAAAACGAAAUACCCUCUGCUGACAACAGUUAAUAAAGCCCUUCAAGCUUGAGCUUGGACAUUCCGUCAGCACCACCCCUACUUUUAGACUUAACUUGCCAGUUGGCAUUCCGCCCCCUGCCAAUUGGCUGUGGUAAAUAAGGCCCCAAUUAAGGGUUUGGCAUGGGUAUUUCGUCACCAGUGUCUGUGAUAUAGACAGUCGUUCAUAAGGACCCCGUCGGAUUUCGUACUUCACUCAUAUUUUCAUUACAGAAUCUCUCCCAAAUGUACGAUCUAUAUCAGAUUCAAUCCGCUAAACAGUUGUCCCAAUAUAAAAAGAUUUAUAUUUUAUACCUUUAUAUUUUGCAAUACAAUAUCCCAUUUAACAUUAGACUAAUAAUAAA